AUGCCACCGGUGCAGGUCAUAAUACUCUAUUUUGGUCGUCUUCGAGAACUCACUGGCACAUCAAGUGAAAAAAUUGACUUUGAUUCUUCAAUUGCCUAUACACAACAAACUAUUCUUGAUCAUAUUAUUCAACAUCGUCCAAUUUUAAAAUCUUUUUUAACUACAAAUUCUUUUCGCUUGGCUGUUAAUCAACAAUAUCUACUGGAGACAGAUUUAGUUAAAUUCAGUGAACAAAGUGAAGUAGCACUUCUUCCACCGUUUGGUGGUGACGAACUUUAUAAAAGGGUUGUUGCGCCUUCGUGUGGUGCCGUUUCAUCUUUUAUUGGCAUUACACGAGAUAAUUUUGAAGGACGUCGAGUUUCUCGUCUUUCCUAUGAAGCUUAUGAACCAAUGGCCUUACAAGAAUUGAAUCGUUUAUGUGAUGAUGCUCGGCGACAAUUUGCCAAUAUUGAACACAUAGCAAUUUGCCAUCGCUUAGGCGACGUGUCAAUUAGUGAUAUAUCCGUUGCUAUUUACGUUUCGGGCCCUCAUCGGCGUGAUGUAUUGGAUGCCGUUUCCUUUCUCAUCGAACAGCUCAAAACAAAUGUUCCCAUAUGGAAAAAAGAAAUCUACGAAGAUUAUGAAGACAACAGCAAUAACAACAUGUCAACAUCUUAUUGUUGGAAAGAAAAUAAAUAA